CCUCUGACGCCGAACAGCGCUGCACUCACUCAGAGCCAAAACGAGCAAGAGAGAGAAAAUUAAUGAGAACGGAGGUAAACAGAGUGAGAGUGUAGAGAGAGAGAGGAACCCUAGGAGCUAACAUUUUCAUGGAAAGCGUGGCGCAUUCUCGGCAACCAAACAAGGUUCCCGUUACGGUUUCCAAGAAAAUCACCACCGGCAGCGGGAAUGGCGGUUUCUCGGGGAAAACUCUAUACGACGACGUUUACGGUGGUGCGCCGAAGUUUGCCUCCGGCAACUCCCUCUCGCCACGUUUCGAAGACUACGGCGAGAUUUUCGCGAGCUUCCACGCGCCGCGUGCCUCCUCCAUUCCGGUGUUGGAUCUUCCGGCGGUAGACGGCGGCGAGGUCUUCUUCAACUUUCAAAACGCUGGUUUCGACUACGCAGAGGUUUUCGGAGGCUUGGACAGCCUUGAUUUUUGGCUUUCGUACGAGGACUUGUUUCGCCACGGUGUCUCUGAAGAAGAAGAAGAAGAAGAAGAAGAAGCAUGGACUCCAGUGGAAACUGAUUCAUUGUCCGGUGACGUGGACCAUUUUGGAGAUAAUCAAGACCUGUUAAAUGGAGAUCAUUUCCGGUCUGUUGAUGAAAGUACAGAGUUCAACAUUUCUUAUCAUAAGGUCAAUGGUACCAGCAAUGAAAAUGUGUCAAAGGGAAAGAAUCAUAUAAGUCAGCUGCAUGUUGUUCCGGGUUUCACACAUGUAUUUGAUGAAAGCGCACACUUUCAUAGGACUGAUCCUUCCUUACAGGUUGUUGAUGACGUUGACCUUGAUAUGGAAUUUAAUGCAAGCCAGGCAAAGAGAAACCAUCUGAGAAAAACUAUGUCACAUCUGAGUAAUUUUACUUCAGGUGAACAGGUUCUUGAUAGUGAUCUUGAUCUGCAUGAUGUAUGCAGCAGAAAUGGUUCUCGUUCCAGUGAGAUGUUUGUAACUGUGUCUGACAUUAGUCUCAGAACUCUACCCUCUCAGGUGCCACCCCCUUCUCGGCUACCACCUGUGUUAGAUGCAAAAAAGGGGCACACUAGUGGAUUUUAUUCAAACAAUGAGUGGGUUGAUCCUGAAGAGACUCUAGCUGACAGUUCACUACCUUUCUUUGAUGUGAAGGUUGAUAUGAAUUCUUCCUCUGCUGUUAUGAAAGAAGUUAUGCAUAGACCUGAAGCAAAACUUAGGAGUGCCAAAGAAUUGAAUGAGAGAAAGAAGAGGGUUUCAGAAAACAAUGUAAAAUUUAAUGAAGCAACGAUGAGUGUGAAUUUAAAUAGAUUUAAUAGUUUGAAUGAUGGGGAAAUGCUGACAACUUCUGAUCAGAGAACUGGCAAAAUGAAAAUUUCUGUCACAGAUGAAAGGCACAAAGCUAGGAAGGCUGCUCCAGAAACUCAGGAAUUGUUAGAGAGGGAAAAACUUCUUAACAUGUCUGAGGAGAAGCAUAUCAAGGAAUCCAGGUCAUCUGAAGAAUCAGAUAGAAGUACUGAAGUUGGUACGUGGAAAGGAGCGAAUGAAUUUUUUGAAUUGGUGGGAACAGAAGAAUCUGGAAAGGUAAUUCAGCCCAUAAACCGUAGUCAUUCUAAGAGUUUGGUACAUGAUACCAGAAUACACGAGUGUGACAAGAAAGAAAGAGAAGCAGCUAGUAUGCAAGAAGAAUACAAAAAGGUUAAAGCAAAUGUAGAAGGUUAUCAGCUGGAGGAACGCAAGAAGAAAUCUAAACCAGGAAAUGGGGCUUACGAACAGGGAAAAAACAUUAGGAGGUCUAAAUCAUCUAAUGAGGAAUGCAGGCAGAGGGAGCAUGUGAAGAAUAAUGAAAUGACUGAAACCUUUGAGCUACAAAAGAGAGAGAAGACUAGGAUGGUCCAGCCACAUGGAAAAACUGAAAUGAAAGAAACUAAAGCUGAUCAAUCAAGAAGCUUAAAAGAGAUAUCUGAUACCCAACACAAGGAACUUAAACGAAUGGAAGGUGAAAAAUCAAAAGAGGUGGAUAGACAAAAGCUAAGUGAAGUUCAAUGGAGCAUGAAGCAUAUGGAAAAUGAGAAGAAACUAAGAGAGCUUGAAGAGCAACAACUGAGUACGAAAAUGCUCAAGCAGUCUCAGAAAAUGAAAGAAAAUGGAAAUUUUCAAAGAGAAGCUUUUGUUCCUGGAGCCGCAGAGGGUGAGCAAAGGGUGAAAGAUUCUGUGAAGCUGGAAACAUUUGAAAAAUCAAAUGAAAUCACCUUUGAACAAGGUAAAGAAAAGACAUUUGAAAAUGAAGAAAUUGAGGAAAGCGUCAAAGCUUAUUUUAAAAUGGAAGAAAGUGAUGAAGGCUCAAAGCAUACUCUUGAGCAGGUAGAGAAUGAAAAGGGACACGAAGAAGUCUUUAAACUGGAAAUGAAUGAGGAAAAAACUCAAGUGGCUUUUGAACUGGGGGAAAAUGAGGCAUGUGAAAGGGAUCAGUAUAAAGAGAUAUUUAGAGAGUUUUGUGAUGGUUAUAGAAAACAAAAUAGAUUAGAAGGCGUGGGUGAUACCAUAGGGGUUCAGAAAGUUCUGGAACAAGCUCUUGAGCUAGAAAUGAAUAGUGGAAAUAAGGCUCAGAGGAAGAAAGGAAUUGAGAGCCCAUCAGAGCAAGCAUUUGACAGGGAAGGAAGUGUGAAUAUAUCAAAUGAGGAUAGUCACUCCAAGCAACCUGAGAGGAUACUCAAAGAUACUGAUAAGAAUGAAAAAGAUAAGGGAUUGGACAAAGCUUUGGAACAAAUUGAAAGUAGUGGAGAAGGGAUAAACGUGAAUUUUGCUAAAGAAACCAAUGAGACAUGGAAAACAGAGAAUGGUGAAAAUCUUCUGGCAGCUCAUUCAUCCUCCAUUUAUGAAGAAAAUAUUGGAAAACCUCAGGUAUGUAAAGAAACCAUUGCUGAUCUAGAAAUUGAAAAGACAGGAACUGAGUGCAAAGUUGGUGAAAAGAAAUUGGAAGAUAUAUGGGUGGAAAAUCUAAUGGAUAAUGGGGAUAAAAGAGCUUCUGAAAUGGCCCAAGGAGAAGUAAAGCAUUCAGGAACACAUUCAAGAAAGGUGGUUUACACUGCAUCAAAUGCUAGUGAGCUUAGUUUUAGUAGUGAGCAGACAUGCACUGAGAAAACUAAGACAGUCCCUCGAAUGGGCUGUGAUCAUCAAACUCAAGAGAGGAAAAUUUCUCAGGAAUUGGGUGAGAAAGGAAACACAAAACAUGUGAAUGUUGCACUAAACCCCGAAGAAAUCAGGGACCAAAUGUCAUCAAGCCAAGCAAACCUCUGUGGUGAUUACAGAAAGAACACAGUAGUCAACGAACCUGCUACAGUACAAGAAGCGGUAAAUAUCCAGAAAACUUUUCAAAGGGCUCAUGUAGCACAUUCCACCAAAAGCAAAGAGAAAAUUCUCAAUGAAACUUAUGCCUCAGUAGAGAAAGAUGCUGAAAGGAUAAGAAGAGAAAAAGAGUUGGAAAAAGAUCGUCUAAGAAAGAUAGAAGAGGAGAUGGAGAGAGAAAAGGAAAGAUUGAAAGACAGAAUGGCUGUUGACCAAAGAGCAAUGGCUGAAGCUAGAGAAAGACUUGAAAAGGCAUGUGCUGAGGCCAAGGACAAAACAUAUGGUGAUAAGGCAGCUGCAGAAGCCAGAUUGAAAGCAGAGCGUAUUGCUGUAGAAAGAGCAACUGCAGAGGCUCGAGAGCGCGCAAUGGAAAAAGUAAAGAUUGAGAGGGCUGCAUUUGAGUCCAGAGAUCGAUUAGAGAGAUCUGUAUCUGACAAAUUUAGCGUUUCUUUUAGAAAUGAUGGAAGACAGGGCUCUUCAUCCUCAGAUAUGCUGGAUUCACAUUUUCAGAGCUCCUCUACUCAUUCCAAAUAUCCAUAUUCCUCCAUUUAUGGUGCUUCCUCUUUUUCUGAAAGAUCAGAACAAGAAGGUGAAUCAGCUCAAAGGUGUAGAGCUAGACUGGAGAGAUAUCGCCGAACAGCUGAGCGUGUGGCAAAAGCUUUGGAAGAAAAGAAUGUGCGUGACCUUGUUGCUCAGAAGGAGCAAGCUGAGAGAAACAGAUUAGCGGAGACCCUGGAUACUGAAGUCAAGAGGUGGUCAAGUGGAAAAGAAGGAAAUUUGCGGGCAUUACUUUCAACCUUGCAAUAUAUCCUUGGGCCUGAUAAUGGAUGGCAACCAAUACCACUCACUGAGGUCAUUACUUCUGCUGCUGUUAAAAAGGCUUAUAGGAAGGCCACCCUUUGUGUCCAUCCUGACAAAUUACAGCAACGGGGAGCAAGUAUUCAACACAAGUACAUAUGUGAAAAAGUCUUUGAUCUCCUAAAGGAAGCUUGGAACAAAUUCAAUUCAGAAGAGCGAUAGCACACCCUGUUCUGUUCUUUUUCUUGUUCCUUUACAAAUUCCCUUCCCCAGCGAUGUGGGAUCCCGAGUUCGGAUAUACCUCGGUUAUUAUUUUAUUACAGUACACGUUCUGUAAUAUU